CACGUGCGUUUGCUUUGUACACAACACAUAUACCGAUCGUUAUUAUUUAAUAAUUUUAAUUUAGUUUAAUGAAAGUUUACUAAUAUAAUGCCAGCUAUAAUAAAAGAUGAUGUACUUGUGUACAAAGGCAGUAACUUGUUCCGUCAGAGGUUGCUUCUCUCUGUUUUAAGUGGGCGAGCUAUUAAAAUAGAGGAUAUUCGGAGCAAUCACGAUGAUCCAGGGCUGAGAGAAUACGAAGUGAAUUUGAUACGUCUUAUAGACAAGAUAACAAAUGGUACGAGGGUGGAGCUAGGCGAGACUGGUACAUCUAUGUACUUUCAGCCUGGUAUUCUUGUUGGAGGUCAAGUUACACACAGCUGCUGCACUCAACGAGGAAUAGGGUAUUAUCUAGAGGUUCUAUUAGCUGUUGGUCCAUUCUGCAAGGAGCCGUUGAAUGCAGUACUGCAAGGUGUCACCCAUCAUGAGCUGGACGUCUCUGUGGAUAAAGUCAAGUUGGCAGCACUGCCUGUAUUGCUCAAGUUUAUACUUGUUGAUGACGGAUUAGAACUUAAAGUUGUCAGGAGAGGUGCUCCACCCCUCGGUGGUGGUGAAAUAGUGUUUCGAUGUCCAGUACGUCGCCAUCUUCGACCACUGCAGUGGACUAAAUGGGGCCUGGUGAAGAGGAUACGAGGUGUUGUGUACGCGUUGCGUGUCUCACCCACAUUCGCCAAUAGAGUAGUAGAAUCCGCAAAAGGGGUAAUGCUGAAUUUCCUCCCAGAUGUCUACAUAAAUACAGAUCAAUGCAGAGGACCCAAUGCUGGAAAGAGUCCAGGGUUCGGUGUCAGUCUGGUUGCUGAGACCAAUGAGAAGACAUUCUAUUGUGCUGAAGCUAAAUCUGAAGAGGUUGGCAGUGGAGAGAUAUCAUUGCCGGAGGAGAUAGGCAGACAGUGUGCACUGAAGCUUGCAGACGAGAUAUAUCGAGGUGGCGCGGUCGAUUCCUCCUUCCAGUGGCUCUUGGCACUCUGGAUGGCGCUGGGACAGAAGGAUGUCAGUGAAUGUGUGGUUGGACCUUUAUCAGAUUACACAAUCAGUUUCCUGCAGCAUCUGAAAGAGUUCUUUGGAGUGAUGUUCAAGUUAGAAGUGCUCCGCUCCGAGCUGGACGACUCUGAUGAGGAAGACGACGUAGUUGACGCUAACAAAGUCAAAAUGACAUGUGUCGGUAUAGGUUAUGUUAAUAUUAGUAAACGCACAAUGUAAUAAAUAUUUGUUAAUUAA